GGCGCGAGGGGGCGGAGUGAAUGCAAAUAGUGGGUGCGAGCGGCCAAUCAGAUUGCCGGAAUAGGAGGCCGGGUCUAUGCAGGGGAGAGGCGGGGUUAUGCAAAUUUACACCCCAAGGUGGACCCGACCCCAUUUCAGUCACGGACCACGGGACUUACUUUGGCGCUCGGAACUUAUUUCACAAAUUCGUGUCACUGUUUCUGGCCGGACUUGUGUGUGUUUUGUGACGUCACUUCCGCCGCGACGCCGUCUCCGCAGCGACCAUCAUGGCGCUGAACGGCGGCACGGACGAGGCCGAGGCGCGGCGGGAGCGGCUGGACCGGGCGAGCCGGGCCAUGGGGGCGCUGCUGCUCCGGGGGUACCGAAUGUUGGGGAGCUCCUGCCCGCAGUGCGGGACGGUUCUGCUGCAGGACAAGGAGCAGCGGCUGCUGUGCGUGAGCUGCCAGGACCCCGAGGGGGGGCACGCCGCCGCCCCUCCCCCCGGCCCUCCCCGCCCCGAGCGCUGCGAGGGCGCGGCCGCCGCGUCCCGGGGCUCCCCCCGCGCUGCCCCGGAGCCCCCCGGUGGCGCUGCCGAUGCCGAUGACGGCACCGGAGCCGCGGUGGCGGCGGCGCGGGCGGCGCUGCUGCAGAAGCUGCUGUGGGCCGCGCGGGAGCUGCCCCGCAGCGGCUCCGUGGAGAGCAGCGCCCGCCUCUGCCGCCUGGUGCGGGACUGCGCGCUGGCGCUGCGGGGGCUGCGCGAGCUGGAGCCCCCCGGCAGCCACCCCGGGCCCCCCCCGGGGCACCCCGAGGGCUUCUGAGAGCCCCGGGAUACCCUGGGACCCCCCCGGGAUACCCUGGGACCCCCGGGAUACCCUGGGACCCCCCGGGAUACCCUGGGACCCCCCCCGGGAUACCCUGGGACCCCCGGGAUACCCUGGGACCCCCCCGGGAUACCCUGAGAGUUUCUGAGAGCUCCGGGAUACCCUGGGACCCACCCCCGGGAUACCCUGGGACCCCCCCCGGGAUACCCUGGG